AUUGAUUAUUCCAGCGGUUGUGUUCUCGGGGAAACAGUCAGUGUGCCGCCAGGAGCGACGAAUAACGGGAUAAAUGUGUUUUAACCGUCAGCUGUAAUGUUCAGAUGUCUGUCGGGGUCACCGCGGUCUGGCAUGCAGAUGCUUCCACCUGGGAGGAGCACUCCGUUAAUCCUGUACUCCACGAGCUCCGAGAACAACUCCGUCAGCAGCAGUGAAUGGGACAUGGCCAACGAUGUGUUUGUGUCCGGCUACGAGGACCAUCCUGGGGGGGACCGGGGGGUUGCUGGGGACGGGGACCUGGACGGGGACCUGGACCUGGAUCUGGACCUGGAUCUGGACCGGGACCUAGACCUGGAGCAAGCCGGCCUGGACGGACACCUGCCGCUCCGGUCCCAGGGCGGCUUGAUGCUCGGCCUGGCCGGGGACGAAUAUUUGGGUUCCUCGUAUCUGGAAAUGGACCCAAACUACACGGAAAGUGACGGUAACGUCACCACCAAGAAGCGGAUCCGGUCCAACAGCUCCCGGCACCGCGGCGAGGUGGUCACGGACCUGGGGCCGGAGGAGGUCCGCUGGUUCUACAAAGAGGACAAGCGGACCUGGAAGCCAUUUGUCGGACACGACUCUUUAAAAAUCGAGGUGGUCUACCGGAGGUUCGCCGAACAGAACCCGGACAAGGUCGAGCGGCCCGGGUCCGACGAGAGCCGGCAGCCGGACGGGGGGAGCGGGGGCCGGGGGGAGCGGGCGGCGCCCCGCGGCGGGGGGCGGCGGCUCCCGGUGUCCUCGGACAGCGAGCCGGACCCCCUGAGCGGCGGCGUGGAGGCCGUGUGUGUCCGCGGGGGGCUCUACGAGGUGGACGUCCGGGAGAAGGAGUGCUCCCCCGUGUACUGGAACCAACAAGACCGGAUCCCCGUGAUGAGGGGCCAGUGGUUCACCGACGGCACGUGGCUCCCUCUGGAGGAGGACGAGAGCGACCACAUCGAGAUGGAACACCUGGCCCGCUGCCGGGGGCAACAGAUGAGGGACACCUACGAGAUGGAGGUGCUGCGCACCGCGGUGGACAGCAAGGACGCCAUCCACAGCAUGAAGCUCAGCAGGAGUCACGUGGACUGGCACAGCGUGGACGAGGUGUACCUGUACAGCGACGCCACCACCUCCAAGAUCGCUCGCACCGUCACUCAGAGGCUGGGCUUCUCCAAAGCCUCCAGCAGCGGGACACGCCUCCAUCGGGGCUACGUGGAGGAGGCCGCCCCCGAGGACACGCCGCCCGAAACCACGCACAUCGUGUUCGUGGUGCACGGCAUCGGCCAGAAGAUGGACCAGGGCCGCAUCAUCAGGAACACCAGCAUGAUGAGGGACGCGGCCCGCAAGAUGGAGGAGAAGCACUUCUCUGACCGCACCACGGAACACGUGGAGUUCCUCCCUGUGGAGUGGAGGGCCAAGCUGUGUCUGGAUGGAGACACGGUGGACUCCAUCACCCCGGACAAAGUCCGAGGCCUCAGAGACAUGCUGAACAGCAGCGCCAUGGACAUCAUGUACUACACCAGCCCUCUGUACAGAGACGAGAUUACCAGGGGUUUGACUCUGGAGCUGAAUCGUCUGUACUCACUCUUCUGCUCGCGAAAUCCAGAAUUUAAGAAAAAUGGAAAGGUGUCCAUUGUGUCGCACUCUCUGGGCUGCGUCAUCACCUUCGACAUCAUGACGGGUUGGGACCCCGUACGCUUUCACCAAGAAGCACCGGACCCGCAGGAAACCGAGGCGCGCUGGACGAGCGACGAAGAGCGCCACCUGCAGGAGCAGCUGAGACUCACGCGCCUCAGGUUGAGGGACUUGGAGGAUCAGUUCCAAGGUCUGCAGACCUCCAUGUGUGCAGGGCCAGCCCUGAAGUUCAAGAUCGAAAAUUUCUUCUGCAUGGGCUCUCCUCUGGCGGUGUUCUUGGCGUUGAGAGGGAUUCGGCCUGGGAACUUCGGCGUGCAGGGCCACAUCCUCCCCACGGCCAUCUGCAAACGCCUCUUCAACAUCUUCCACCCCACGGACCCGGUGGCGUACAGGCUGGAGCCGCUCAUCUUGAAGCACUACAGCAACAUCGCGCCUGUGCAGGUCCACUGGUACAACACCAGCAGCCCAACGCCGUACGACCAGAUCCGGCUCACGCUGCUCAACCCCUCCAAGGAGACGGCGUCCGUCUCGGACUCGGAGAGCAUCCUCAGCCCCUGCACCUCCCCGCCACAGGCCAGACGCCAUUAUGGAGAGUCCAUCACCAGCCUGGGCAAAGCCAGCAUCAUGGGUGCUGCCAGUCUUGGAAAGGGAAUCGGAGGAAUCCUGUUUUCCCGCUUUUCCCGUUCUAGUGGCCAGGUGGGCGGAGUGGAGGAGGACCCAUCAGAUGCUGAGGGCGGAGCCUCUGAAGUUGAAAAUGUGCCAUCAGGAGAAGAAGCAGCAACAGUGGCAGAGAGCGAAGAAAAAGACAAAGAACUGGAGGAGGAGCCGGCCAUGUACCAGUCCGCCUCAGCUGUCAUGGACAACUCCUCCUUGGAGUUGGAGAGACGCAUCGACUUCGAGCUGCGGGAGGGUUUGGUGGAGAGCCGCUAUUGGUCAGCGGUGACGUCGCACACGGCCUAUUGGUGCUCGUACGAUGUGGCGCUGUUCCUCCUCACCUUCAUGUACAGACCACCGGAGCUGGUGGAACCUGCAGAAGACCACCCAGAGACCUAGCAUGCUCAGCACCUCACUUCCUGUUCAUCGGAAAGACAUACGAUGAAGAAUGACUCGUCUUCAGUCAUCCUUCAUGUUCUAAUAUCUUAUUUGAGAUACAAAUAUAAGUGAACAAAAGCUAUUAAUAUAUUUAUUAUUUGUUCAUGUUAAAUAUUGGGAGACUGAUUCAUAUUUGUCAUCAUGUUUACUUUUAGUUUGAUGGAAUAAUGAUUGACUCAACUUUAUUAUAUGUUACCAUGAGUUGAUUUGAUUUCAGACAUUUUAAAAGUCUAAAGCUAGUGGGACGUUCACUGAGCCAUAUUUAUAAUAUUAUGAUAUAAUAUGUAAAGCAGCCACAGAUCUUUCUCCCACACAAGCCACCAUGAUGUCAUUCUGCUCACGUCAGCGUUGUCCUGAGGUUGUUUUAUUACAUAUAGUUACACACAUGAAAUGUGUGUCGCUAUAUGUCGCGAUGCAGGAGCAGUGGGCUGCGGUGAAGCAGCUGGGGGUUCAGUGCCUUGCUCAAGGACACUUCAACAUGAACUAUGGGGAGAUCGGGGAUUGAACCGGGGACCUGGUGGUUACCAUGACGACCACUCACCUCCAUGAGCUACAGUUGUGUGAAUGGAAAAGGACCCAACAAAUCACCUGUUUUAAACAUCACAUAUACACACUCA